AUGGCAGCCCAAGACAUAGUACAAAAAGGCAGAAGGUGGCAAGUUGGUAAUGGACGUAGCAUAAGGAUUUGGAAGGAUAAAUGGUUGCCCUCUCCCUCAACUUAUGAAGUUGUCUCUCUGGUAAACAACAUGCCUGAGGAUUCUAGAGUUGUAGAGCUAAUUGAUGAAGAGAAAGGUGCUUGGAAAACUGAUCUGGUGGGAUCCGGGUCUGAUGGAAGUCAUUUGAGGAGGUUCUGGCGGUCUAUUUGGAGCUUUAAUAUCCUACACAAGAUCCGUCACUUUGCUUGGAGAGCCUGCAGAGAUGUGUUGCCCAUAAAGGAGAACCUAGUCAAGCGGAAAGAGUCUCGGGUCCAGCUCUUUGGGUCGUUCAUGGACAUGUUAUGGUACGUGGUUAUGGUGGCCCAGUGGGAGCACAGCGACGUGGAGAAGCUUAUCGUGGUGGUUUGGGCGCUUUGGUCAAAUAGAAAUGAGUGCAGGAACGGAGGGGCAAAGAAAUCAUGUCAAUCAUUGCUGCAAAGGGUGUUGGAGUACUUGGAUGCUUACCAAACAUGUGUGGUGGAGUUGGGAUGUCCGAAGCAACCUGUUGAACCUGCAAAAUGGAAGCCUCCCUCUCCGGACCGGUACAAAAUUAACAUGGAUGGUGCUGUGUUCAAGGAGCAAUGUAUGGCCGGUGUGAGGAUCUUGAUUAGAGACGCUGAGGGUCAUCUGAUCGGUGCAUGUAGCAGGAAGCUUGAAGCUCCUUUGGGUGCAGUCGAAGCUGAAGCCAAGGCCGUGGAGUUGGGUCUUCUGUUUGCAAGGGAUUUUUCCAUCCAAGAUUUCACUCUUGAGAGUGACUCUUUAACGUUAAUUAAUGCGCUUCAAGACCUGUCUCCUCCUCCAUCAUCAGUAGCAGCGCUAGUCUAUAGUUCAGUUGCCAUGUCCCAUUCUUUCAGAUGUGUAGAGUUCUCAUAUGUAGGUCGUAAUGGCAAUAGGCCAACCCAUUUACUUGCAAGACAUGCGUUAGGCAUUGCUGAUUUAUCUGUUUGGGUUGAAGAGACUCCUUGUUUCCUUGAACAGGCUCUCAACCAGGAUGUAGUUGCUACCUCUAUUGAUUAA